UGCAACACGAAGGAGACGUGCACGUGCGUGAGCUGUUUGCCGUCAGCAGUCAGCUUUUCGUUUAUAAUCGUGACACACGCCUUGUGAGUAGUUUGUUAAAACGUGUACGUUUGGACAACAUUCACGUGUUUUUGGCUUGUGUAGGUUCGUUCACAUUAAUCGAUUGAGGUAGUAAUUGAAGCAGAAGCGGAGAGUAGACCCGGUUUUUACUGUCCGUGUUUUUGGGAGUCAGGACUUGUAAAUCUCUGUAGGCCGCAGUGUCUGAGAUCAGCAUCAACAUGGCCGAUGAUUUGGACAUUGAAGCGAUGCUGGAGGCUCCAUACAGAAAGACUUGCCUAUAUCUCACCUCUACUCCCAUGAAUUCCAGUGUGAACUGUCAAAAAAAUGAAGGAUGACAACAAGUCCUUAAGUACCAAUGGCCACGAAGAACGGAGCAAGAAGAAAAAGAAGAGCAGGACUCGCAGCAGAAGCAAAAGCAGGGAGCGGAAAAGAAGCAGGAGCCGCGACCAUAAGAAGAGUCAUGACCGCAGAAGGAGCCGCAGCAGAGACCGGAAACGUAGCCGCAGCAAGGAGAGACGCCGUUCCAGGAGCAAGGAGCGUGGUGGACGCUACAAAGCUCCUUUUUCUGGGCUGAAAUUUAACGGUGGUCCCAGGGGGAAGACUGGCCCACCACCUGCCAUCAAACUAAGCCGUAGAAGAUCUAGAAGUCGCAGUCCUUUCAAGAAAGACAAAAGUCCUAUAAGACAGCCAAUUGAUAAUCUCACCCCAGAGGAAAGGGAUGCACGCACCGUGUUCUGCAUGCAGCUGGCAGCCAGAAUCCGACCACGAGACCUUGAGGAAUUCUUCUCUGCAGUGGGAAAAGUAAGAGAUGUGCGAAUCAUCUCUGACCGAAACUCCAGAAGAUCCAAAGGAAUUGCUUACAUUGAGUUUGUGGAUUCCACCUCUGUACCCUUGGCAAUCGGCCUUUCUGGACAAAGACUUCUUGGAGUACCAAUCAUUGUCCAGGCUUCACAGGCUGAAAAGAACAGAGCAGCUGCAAUGGCCAACAACUUGCAGAAGGGCAGUUCUGGACCUAUGAGACUGUAUGUUGGCUCAUUGCAUUUCAACAUCACAGAGGACAUGCUCAGAGGGAUCUUUGAACCAUUUGGAAGGAUUGAUAGUAUUCAACUGAUGAUGGAUAGUGAAACAGGAAGAUCCAAAGGAUAUGGCUUUAUCACAUUUGCUGAUGCCGAAUGUGCUAAGAAGGCUCUGGAACAGCUUAAUGGCUUUGAGUUGGCUGGAAGACCAAUGAAAGUGGGACAUGUGACAGAGCGAACAGAUGCCUCCACUGCCAGCUCCUUCCUGGACAAUGAUGAAUUGGAAAGGACCGGCAUUGAUCUGGGAACCACUGGAAGGCUUCAACUCAUGGCCAGACUAGCUGAAGGUACUGGUCUACAGAUUCCACCCGCUGCACAGCAGGCUCUUCAGAUGAGUGGCUCCAUGGUAGCCAUGGCUGCAGCUACUGCUGCUAUGAACCCUGGACUGAGUUUUAACAUUAAUGUGCCCACAAACCAAGCUUUGAAUCUACCGUCUCAACCAAUUGCAACACACUGCUUCCAGCUCUCCAAUAUGUUCAAUCCAAACUCAGAAAAUGAUAUGGGCUGGGAAGUUGAAAUUCAGGAUGAUGUCAUUGAAGAGUGUAACAAACAUGGUGGAGUCAUACACAUAUAUGUGGACAAGAAAUCUGCGGAAGGAAAUGUCUAUGUGAAGUGUCCCACCAUUCCUGCUGCCAUGGCUGCAGUCAGUGCAUUACAUGGACGCUGGUUUGGAGGUAAAAUGAUCACAGCGGCUUAUGUCCCUCUUCCCACAUAUCACAACCUUUUCCCAGAGUCAGUGCAAGCCACACAGCUUCUUAUGCCCAGCCGCCGGUGAUCCCUUACCCCUGAACACUUUUCCAGCCAUUCUCUUUUUAACUUUUGGACAACAAUACCAGUUCUGCAAGCUGUGGCACAGUUGUUUUGUUUCCUUUUAAGUUGGUUACAAAGCCAGUAAGGUAAAAAAAAAAAAGAUGUACUUGCAUAGUGUCCUUACAGGUCUUUUCAGGCAUUGAGAGAUGUUCUGUGGUUUAAAAAAACCUUUCCUAUGUACAGCCUACUUAUUGAAUUUUGCCUCUUGAACUUUUUUUCUUCCACAUUUAUUGUCUUUGUGAUAUAUCUGAUUGGCAUGUUUCCCACUUUAAGAAGUGUACAAUUAGCCACAUACAAAAUAUAAAUAAGCCUUAAAUAAAUUGAAACCCUGCAAUUUUGAUCAAAUACACAACAUAUUGGAUUUUUUGGCUCUAUGAGCUGUGGGAACUAAAUCGCUGACAAAUAUCUUUUGUGUUCAUCUAGAGACCAUAAGGUUUAACAGCAUCUUGUUUUUCUAAUCAAGAUUUGAUUUUGUAAAGUCCUUGAAAGUUAAUUUCAAAUAAAGCCAAAAUACUGGGGGAAAAAACAAAAAA